AACCAAUUUUUAUAGUACUAAUAUGAGUGCUAAGUGAUAAUUUUUUUUUAAUGGCAUGUGCAAAAAGAAAAUUUGAAGUAGGUAUCGCGUGAAUGGAAUUGUGGAAAAGUAAAUAACCUUACAUUAUUUUAAUGGCAGAUCUUAAACCUUGAAUCAUUCAUAAUGACAAAUAACAAUAGUCGCUGAUAUUCAUUUUAACAACGCUAUAUUUUGGUUGUAAUAUAUAAAGCAAUAAUAUGGAUAUUAUUUAUACAAUGAUUCGUGCAGUGUUUAAACAGCUUAAGUAACAUAACACCAAUGAACAAAUACAUGACGUCGCGUUGUCUGAUAGACCAAAUUGUAUGUGAAUGUAAAAUAUUUUUGUCACAAAAUAUAUUUGCCAAUUUUUAGUGAUGAAAUAUGUCAUAUUUUUUUUUAUUUUAUACGUUUUAAAACAUCUUGUUAUGUUAUAGUGAGUACGUUUAGCGCAUAUUCGUGAUUAAUACCUUAACUAAUAACUACGAAUAAUUUACGUGUGAAUAUUUAUCUUCUUCGGCUUGGUUUUUAUUACCAUGACACAUAUUAGUUGGCAAUAAUUAUUACAAAUAUCAUGUAGUGCGUAAAAGGGGUCAUAACACAAGCGCAAGAACACUUUAUAAAAAGUGUGAAGCAUCAUGAGUGACGUUCAUUUAGAAGAUUUGUUCUACGAGUGUGAUCGAAAUGGCGAAGGGAAAAUUGGCCCAGAAGAAUUUCAAGAAUUAUGCGCCAAAUUUGAUAUUGAACCCAGCGAUUCGGAUGUGAUAUUUUCAGAUUUGGAUCGUGACGGUGACGGACAAAUAUGCCUAGAGGACUUUGCGUGGGGAUUUCGUGAUUUUUUAUCUCCUGAUAAACAAGACAAACCCACCGAAUAUAUGCCUCGUGGGCAUUUGGAAAAGAGGAAUUCACAAGCCUGGGCAAAUUUUGUAGCUGUUAUUGGAGAGCCAGCUUUAAAGAAAUUAUUCCAUACAAGUGGGAAAAAGUUAGCAGAUUUGUACAUGGAAAUUCAGAAUUGUAGUCCAUCAUCAGAACUAAUAACACAUUUUGAAGGAGCUUUGAGUUCAUUAAUGGAAGAUGUUAAACGAUUACACGAAGAUAAUGAAAAACUUGAAAACAUGUUUAACCGUGAGCGUCAAACACAUCUUACAAGACUGCGAGGCUUAGAAGAAGAAAUAGAUGCGCAAGUUGCAAAAGUUGAAGCUCAGGCUAGAGACGAAGCAAGAGAACAAUUUGAAUUUGAAAAAAAAGAAUUGAUGAAAAAAAUGGAAGCCGAAACGAUAGAGUUAAAAACACAUUUGAAAUUGUUUCAAAAGGUAAACACUGUAUUAAGUCAAAAAAAAGUAGAUAAAAACGAUAUGGACGAGACCAUAGAAGAAUCAAGAGAAUUGAGACGUAAAUUAAUAGAUACUCAAACUAAUUUGGCAGUGGUUCGUUCAGAAAUGGAAAAACUUAGAUCUGAAUAUGAAAUUAAAUGCGAGGAGUUUAACAACAAAAUACAAGUAAAUAUCGAUCCUUUGGAAGAACAAAGUGGAGCGCAAUAUACUAUAAAACGAUUAAUGGAUGAUAUUGACAGCGGACGGUCUACUCUUAUGGAAUCAAAUAAUUAUUAUCAAAGGGAUCUACAAGAUGAACUCUCAAAUGCAUCUUCAAUCAACGCACCUUACCAUUCAGCAAAAACGAUAGAAUUUGAGGAAAUGAGUUUAUCCGGUCGUGAUUCACAUAAUAUGAUGCAUUAUCAUACACCAGCUAGUGCAAUGAGUAUUAGUAGUUAUGAUAUGAUGGGUGGUGAUCCAGAAAGAACAUAUAAAAUUGUAUUUGCCGGUGACGCAGCUGUUGGAAAAACGUGUUUCAUACACCGUUUUUGUAAAGGCACAUUCUCUACAAAACUUGGAUCUACUUUAGGUGUUGAUUUUCAAGUGAAAACAAUCAGAGUUGAUGAUAGAAAUGUAGCCUUACAGUUAUGGGAUACAGCUGGACAAGAAAGAUUUCGUUCCAUUACAAAAGCGUAUUUUCGAAGAGCAGAUGGAGUCAUUUUACUUUAUGAUGUAACUAAUGAAAGAUCUUUUAUCAAUAUUCGUCAAUGGGUUUUAUCGAUUACGGAAGUAUCUGAUAAACAGUUACCGAUUUGUAUUUGCGGUAACAAACUGGAUUUAAGGCGCGAAGCAGAAUUGCAAGGACUUACUUGCGUGCCCACAAAUAAUGGUGAACUUUUGGCUAAGGAUUACGACGCGGCAUUUUUCGAAACUAGUUCCAAACUAGGGACGAAUAUUAAUAAUGCAUUGAUUACACUAUGCAGAGAAAUGUUGAUUAGAGAAGAUGUUGACAUUCAAACGUCUGCUUUGUACAUCGCAGAACAAAAACAUAGAUUAAACCCAGGUUGCUGUUGAUAAUAACAAUAUUCAUUUAACUUAAACAUUUAUAAUUAUACUAUUUAAAUAAUUAAACAUAAACGUGCUAUAAAAUUAUAAUACUAUAUUUACAAAAUAUUUUGUUUGACAUAAUAAUCGUAAAAUCUAAUAGAACCUAAUAAAAAUAUGAUAUGAUGUGGAUUGAAACAUGAGAUAUCUUAAUAUUACACGUAUCUUUAAAUAUAUAUAAAUGGAAAUUUAGUUGAAUAACAAUAAAAUUCGAACAAGAAUAAUGUUACAAUUUCAAAAUUAAUUAUUUUUAAUAAAAAUAUAUCAUUGGAACGAAGUAAUAUUGAAAAAAAUUAAUACAUUAUACACAAUGUAUAAUUGUACAAAUACACAAUAUACAAUGUAUAUUUUAAUACAAUAAGUAACGCUAGUUUCUUGCCGGGGUUAAAAAGAGGAUGACAUAAAGAGAUUCAACCCUCUACAACUGACCAUGCAUAAAAGUUCUUUAAAAAAUGUGUUAAAAAGGUACUUAUGCUUGUACGCUCAAGCCUUGAAGUUAAAUCAAAACAUUUUCUCCGUUAAAAUAAUUACCAAUUCGCUUUCAAAAUAGUAUCAUUUUUGUUUGAUAAAGAUAUUAGUUCACAGAUGAGUACCUACUUAGUACUUGCAGGCUUAAUUUCUUUUAUCAUCUCACUAUUCCUUAAGUAUAGUGUUAUACCUACUUUUAUUAUAUAAUAAUAAAAAUAUUAAUUUAAUUUAAUUAUGCCUAUUAAAUUGUUAUUAUAUUUUAUUUUAUUGUUGUUUAGACACUAAGAUAAUACUAAUAAAUUAUGAUAAUAUGUAAUAAUAUAAGUUCUAAAAAAAUUAAUGUACCUAUUAUUUAAAAAAAAUAUAUAGAUACUUAUUGUUACUUAUGAUUAAA